AGGUGACACAUUUCGGCAUUUUCUGCCGGCCUGACCUCCGUUUGUGUUCACGAUGAACUUGGAAGCAAACGAUGCGAUAAGCAGCAUUUUGGGCUGGACUUCCAUCGCAUGCUGGAUCAUAGUCUAUUCGCCUCAGCUGUAUGAAAACUAUACCUUGCAGUCUGGGGAAGGACUGAGCAUCCUGUUCAUACUCGUUUGGCUGGUUGGGGACCUAUGUAAUCUUGUCGGCGCAACUUUAGCCGGCUUAUUGCCUACAGUAAUCAUUCUUGCAGUUUAUUACUCAGUUUGCGAUCUUGCUCUACUGUGCCAGGUCUAUUACUACCGCUGGAAAGAUGGUCGCCCCAUCUUCACUUCUCGAUGUGAUUAUGAAGGUACCCGCGAAGAAACUACUCCUCUACUACCCGGAGAUGCCCGAAUAGAGGAUGCCCUUCCCAUGAGGGUCCUAGUUCUUCGUUACGCGGGAGCUGUCGUGUUCAUAUUUGCGACCGGUAUAUUGGCCUGGUGGAUAAGUGGAGGGGCUGAAGAAGACGAAGAGCCCCGUGAUAUACCCACCCACAUUAAAUGGACCGUACAGAUUCUUGGUUGGACUAGUGCGGUAUUAUACUUGGGUGCACGUAUACCACAAAUAGCAAAAAAUUUCCAGACCCGGUGUGCAGGACUUUCGCCUGCGCUAUUCUUCUUCUCCAUUUUCGGGAAUGUUACUUAUGCGUUGUCAAUAUGCGCGAAGAGCAUGGACAAGGACUACUUGGUGACGAACGCUAGUUGGUUAGCAGGAAGUGGCCUUACCGUGUUCCUCGAUAUCAUCAUACUGUGCCAGAUAUUCUUUUUCCAGUACCUUCCCGCCUUACGGAAGGCCCACGUUGCUCCCGAGAGCUGAUCGACGGAAAAACAUAGAACAUUGUAUACAAAUGUAGACAUGCAAAUGAGAAAAAGCUUAUCGGUCGUCGGAUCUAUCAGGAUGGCAUGGCCCAG